AAGAGCGCAAGCAGAACUGACGAAGGUAGCUUAGUUUGGCUAACCUGGCUAAAUUUGGGAAGUGCUAUACAUUGCCGUCUACAUUUUACCACCACAGAUAGAUAAUAAAUAUCAGUAAGUAUGGCAGCAUCAGGUAAAGCCAAAGAAAAAGAGCCCGUGGAUAUAGUUCACCAAAAUGCAAUUCAUGUGGAGACAAUAAUGAAAGAACAGAGGAGUCAGAAGCUGUACACCAAGUUCAGCAUCAAUCCUUUCAAAAAAUUGCAUGUUUUGACUGAUAAACCCAUGGCAAGGAAAACACAUGAAGAGACAGAGGAGGACCCUGCUUUCCUAAAGACCAUUCAUGGAGCUCAUUUAGAACCAACAAAGAAGUACACUCACCCCAUGACUGAGGCUCAGGAAAUUGGCUGGAUCGCCACCCCUCUGAUUGUUUCAGAUCGCACAGACAGAAGACUGAACUUUCCACGCCAGAAUUCAGAAAUCACCAAAUACAUGGAUGCUGCUUGGCGUCUGAAAGAGCAGACUCAGAAUCUUGGGUGAAAGCCAUAUGACUGCAUCUGCUCUGGAACUGCCGUGCCUCUCCCUGGAGCCCUCAAACAUGAAGCGCUUAUAAAGAAGAACUUGUCAGAGAGUCUAUUAUUAAACCUUAUUACCAUAUGAUUAAGCAUGUGGAGUCAUGCAGUUUUCCAGGCAUGAAUGAUUGAAACUAUUUUUGUGGAAUAUUUUUGAGAAAACUCAGUAGACUGAAUUCAGGUUUUGAUCUUCCUUGAUAUAUUAACCAUUUAACAGUGAUAAUGUUAAGAAAUCAGAUCAUGUCGGAAUAACACCACAAAAAUUAUAAUAAGGAUAUGCCAAGAAAUGUUGAUUAAUUCUCAUACACAUUUACACAGUGCAGUACAGUAAGAUGCAUGACAUACUAAUAAGGUACAAUUUAUGGUUUUACGUAACAUGCUUUGUAAAUCUAUUAAAUUAACUAAUUUCUUUUUUAAGAAUAUUGUCUUUUCAGAAUAUGGAUGUGUACCGCCUGUGUAAUCUUUUUCUAUUUUAUUUUCAGCAUCUGGUGAAUAGUCACAUUUAAUGGAGAUAGAAUGCCUUUAGUAUUCAUUUUUUUAAAUCUUUGCGAAACAAAUUGUUUUUACAGAGUCCUCCAGUGUCAAAGGUGAGUCUAAAAGGUCAUUAUCUACAUCAAUUAUAAUGCACUAUGAUAGCCAGACUUUAAAAUCCAGAAAAAAUUUGGCAAGCAUUUGAGGUUUCACAGCCCAGCAGCUCAAUAAGCACUUACAGAUUUCAAUUUGGAAUUACAAUGUGCUAACCGCAUUGUUCAAAUACGCUUUUCCAAAACGCUUUCUUUGCCCACACCGCUCCUAAUGCUUAUUAGUCAACUAGGCAGUUGUGUGCACUUGUGGAGAGCUGAUCAAUGUCAGCUAGAGCCCCGCAGUUUUACUGUGGCCCUGGCCCGCAGAAGGGUGGCCGACUGUGUCUGCUACCGUUACCAGACCAUUAACUACCCAUGCAGAAAUGGAAGCUAGAACAUAUACCAGAAGUGGCAGGGUGUUUAUUCCAGGUGUUUUCAAUUUUCCACAAACUCAGGAGUGAUACCAGUGUUAAGUGGAAUUAAUUGCAUCGCAGGAUCCUCUCCACAGAUGUAGAAAGGAACCGAAGCAUGACAGCCCUCGCCAUAAGCUCAAAGCACUCAAAGCUAUCUUGGAUGUGUGUGAACAGGUGUUCAGGUGUUCAUCUUCAUGGCUUUUACAUCCAACUCCAACCACUCGCUUGGGCAGUCAAGAGUCCCAGACUGGACCAUGUUCUACAGGAUGUGGGAGUGCUGGCCACCAGCAAGGGCAGCAGUACUGCAAAAUACCAUUGCCGAGGCCAUCCUGGCUGAAAAUGUAAAAUGGCUGAAAAUGUAAAUGGAUCAUCCUACCCUGUGAAUGAAUGUCUGAUGAGCUUUAACCCAUGGGACAAUGCACAUGAAGCGGUUUCCUACACCGAGGACACCCUGAAGCAGUCCCCACAAAAGAAACUAGAGUCCCACAGCAGGUUGUUGCUGGUACAGGCUCUGGGUCUGUACCUUGAGUCAAGUGACCCAUGGUGGGACAGCUGAGGGCAGCAUGCAACACUGGAAAAAGUAGACCAACUUUUCAGACAUACACUGAGCUAGGGGUAACUCACUGGAUGCUGGUAUUUAUGAAGGGUGCGGCAUUGUUUUUGAAGGCACCA